AUGGGCGGAGCUGUAUCCAUAGUGUUUAGAGACGGUAUCUUUAUCAGGAUGCUGGCGGUGACGCGGCUGCUCUACUUGCGGCCGCGGCACAUCAUGUUCACUCCCCCUCCACUCGCCAGGCGCCGAGGGAUGUUUCGCUGUAGAGUGUGCAGCAACACUUGGAGCUCCUCGAAUGUGUGGGUCACCAAAACAACACAGCGGGUGUAUCAGGGCGAGUCGUGUGAGCAGUGUGGCACCACGGCAAAGCCUUUUUAUGUUGGUCGACUAGAGGAAACAAUAUUCAACCGUGUAAAAACACCACACCCGGUGAGGCCUGGGGCGUCUAGCAGUCGACAUGGAAAGAAGUUGAAGCACAUGCGGUUCGACUGGCGGGUGCAACGCGGUCGGAAAUGA